UCCGAUCAGUGACGCAAAUUCAGACGAUGUUCUGAGGAACAAUCUUACACAAUCUCAGUUGGUUAUUGUCGCUGAUCAUCAUAGCCACACGGGGAUCUUUCUCGUCUACUUUCAUUGAACUUGUAAUUAGAAAUCAUCAGAAGAACAAUGGCCAACUCUGCUCCCUCCACCAAUGGCUUUGUGGUGGUCACUCAUGUGUACCCACAACAAGGUGCCCAAAGUGUGACUUCACCCCAGAGUGGAGUUGUUUCAACUCCAUCCUCUAUGCUUGGGAAAUUCCUUAAAGGAGAACCAGCUGCCACUGGGACGGUUCAAAUAAUGAUUGGUGUGGUUGUAUUGUUGUUUGGUAUCGUGACAGCAUUUUAUGCAUCAACAAUGUCCACUUACUCUGGUAUCAUGUUCUGGGGAGCCAUCAUUUACAUCACUGCUGGUUCUCUCACUGUUAGAGCCAAUAAGAAUCUCAAUCCAUGUUUGGUCAAAGCAUCACUGGGAAUGAACAUCUUCAGCACAAUAACUGCAGGGAUUGGCAUAAUUAUGCAUAGCCUUGAUUUUGUUGUAAGAGUGUACCCUUAUUAUGGCUGUAGUAGCUAUGACGAUGACUGCUAUAUGCUCCAGGAGUUAUACAUGAGCAGGUCAAUGGGGAUUGCUGGAGUGAUGCUGGUGUUGUCACUGCUGGAGUUCAUUGUUUCCAUCUGUGUAUCUGCAUUUGCCUGCAAAGCCACCUGCUGCACUACGACUCAGGUGCUAUACCUGGUGCCAUCCUCUUUUACCACCUCCCACCUGUCUGCACCUCCACUGAACACCUCUGAGAUGCCUCCCUUCCAAAGCAGUGUGGUGCCACCUGCCCAUCCUGCUGUUGAUGGCCUGAAUGUUGGCAGACCUGAAGAUCUGCCCCCAAUAUACACUGUCCAAUAAUGAGGCAAGGAACAUCUACAGGGGAGGCAUUAUGUUUCUCUAAGUAUCUCUUUAGUGUCUUCAUUAUGUUGUCAAAGUUUAAGUGUAUGUAGGCACUAUUUCUGAAUACUCACUAUCAUCUAUUACAUUUCAACAGUAGUUAUCUAUAGUAUGGUCCAAUUGACUUUGCAUUCAAUUGAAAUAUUUUACAACAUCCUGGCCAGCCAUGGAAUAAAGCCACUAAUGUGUGUUGGAACAAACAUACAGAAAAGCA